AUGGAAGCUGAAUCUGAAGUUCUAAAAAAACUAAUAAACAAUACUAAAUAUAAGUUAUUUAAGUAUAAAAAUGAUUGAUUUAGUACAGUGUAGUGUAUUUAAUUUUGAAGAGACAAUAGUAUCCUCUAAAUGUAGCAAUAAUUUCAACAAUUAUAUAAAUGGGAUAGCUUCUUUAUUUUUCAUUUCAAUAACAGCUAAGAUACAUUUGGCGUUCUGAAAAUUUGACAAAAUGGGUAAAUUACAUUUUGGCGUAUGAAUAUUGGUUGAAAAUAGAUUUUUUACUUUAAUGAAAUAUGUAGAGAAUAAAGAGUUAACAAUUUAUUUAAUAGUAUUUUACAUUUGUGUUGGAUUAGUUUAGAUAACAGUGAUUUUGAUAAUAAUUUUAGGAGUUCUGAAAUAAAAUUAGUCAUCAAGUUCAAUUGUAUUUUCAAUUUUGAGAUUAAGUUUAACAAUAUUGAUGACAAUAGGAUUUGAACCAAUAUCUAGAAUAUUAUUGGGAGUAAGAUAAUAUGAUAAAUUAAGUAUUUAGCAUGUGAAUCAUAAGAUUAAGGUAAUUUAAUGAUGAGAUAUGUUAAAAAUUAAUAAUGUUGGGUUAGUGAAUAUGAAUUACAUGCAGUAAUAGCUAUAUUAACAUUUGCAGAAUAUAUGAUAAUGGUGAUUAUAUUUGCUUAGAUAUGUAUAGAAUCAAAAGAAGUUGAAUAUAAUGUGGUAGCAUAGAAGUAAGGUUAAACAAUGCUUUAUUAUUACUUAUUUAUAUUUAUUUCUUUAUUAUCUUAUUCUUUAUUAGAACAGCCGAAAUAUACAUUAAUUGUUAUAUUAUUUUAAUUGGUUUCAUCAUUUACUUUUUUUUAUGGUGUUAAUCAACAAACUCCCUUUUAUAAUACAAAAAUACAAAAAAUAUGGUCAAUUAUAGCAGGAGUUAAUUUUUGGACUUAAUUAAUGUUAUUUUAUGCAUAUCAUCUUGAGGGAAGAUUUUUAUAGAAAACACUUGUUAUUUGGAUAGUUGGUAUUCCAUUUAUUAUUGCAAUUUUGGCUAUGAAAGAAUUAUCUUAUGUUGAUUUAGUUACAGCUUGUAUGAAAUCUAAUUAAAAUGGAAUAUAAACUGUUUAAAUUUGUACAUAUAUCUUAACUUUGAAUAAUUAGAGUGCAACUAAUUAAAAAUCUUAGAUACUUUUGGCUGGUUUUAUUGAAUUUCAUAAAUAAUCUUGUAGUAAACCUGAUUGUGUAUUAUUAUCUAAUCAAAAGAAGAAAAAUAAGAGUGUAAAUGUAUUUAAAGAUAGAAAAUAAUAAAUAGAUUAAUUAGUCAAUUAAAAUUAUUUAGAUGGAUUAGAAUAAUUUCCAGAAUGUGUAAAUCUUAAAAUAUCUUAUUCAUAUUUUUUAUUAGAUAAAAUGUAACUCAAAUAAUAAGCAUUAAAUUAAUUAAAUUUAGCUGAGAGUUGUGAUCCAAGUUUUGAUUAACAAUUCUUUAUUUAUAGAUAUAAGAGAAUAAUAGAAGAAUAAAUUUAAAAACAACAGUAAUCAAAUAAUCAUAAUAAGAAAAAGCUAGAUAUUAUUACUGAAAAAACACUAAAAAGUGAAAUUAAAAAUCUUCAUUAUUUAAUUGAAGAUUCUUGUAUGGAAUAUUUAUAUUUUUGGUCUUAAUUAUAAGAAGAAGUUCCUAAUCUUAAGAUUUUAUAUGAGCAUGGAUAAAAAAUAAUUAAAUCAAUUUUAAAAGUAGAAUAAUAAUGGUAUAAAAUCUUAGAAAUUGAUCCAUAUGAAAUUGGAACACAUAGAAUUAUUAGUAAAUAUUAUGAAAUGAUUGUACAUGAUGAAUAAUUAGCGUUAGAUUAAUUAAUUUAAAUGAUUAAAAAAUAGAAAUAUAAUACUAAAGGAAAUGAAUUUUAUGAAGAUCUUUCUAGUUCUGGAGAUCCACUUAUAGUAAUGUAAAUAUCUGUAGGACAUCCAACUCUUAUUUUAAAUGUUAAUAAAGCAGCAUAUAGUUUAUUAGGUUUUUCAAAAACAGACUUAAUAAAUAGAAAUAUCGAUGUUAUUCUACCUACAAUGUAAAAAUAUUUAAUUAUAAUAAUAGUUAUGUAGAAUAUCAUACUUAAUUAAUAGAUUUCUUUUUUGAUAAAUAAACAGGUGAUGCAAAUUAAAUCAAUUAAUUUUAAGAAAGAUUUUUAAUGAUUAAAAAUAAGUAAAAUUACAUUGUACCAUGUUAUUCCUAAUCUUAAAUACUUAAUACUAUAAAUGGAUUUAUAAUGACUAGUAGAUUGAGAUAAGAAGUACAUUAUAAACCAAAAUGUUAUAUUUUAAUUGAUAUUCAUGGUAAAAUUUUACAUGUUUCGUCUUCAUGCAUGUAAAUCUUGAAAUUGGAUUAAUAAUUUCUUCAUUUGAAAGAUGUAAACAUAACUAAAUUUUUUCCUGAAUUAUUGUUGAAUAGAGAAGAAUAUUUAAGUAAACCAACUCUUAUACAUUUUGAAUUGUAAUGUACUUCAUCAAAAGGAUCUUUAUCAAAAGAUGAUGUUGCUAAUUCUUUUGAUGAAGUUGAAGAUAAAAUAUUUAAUUGUUCUCUCUUCCUAAUUGAAACCCCUUAUGCUAAUUAAAAUGAUGAUAUAUAUCAAAUUUAUGGUUAUAUUGUCAAAUUAGAAUAAUAUUCUACUGACAUCACUAAUUUUCCAUUACUCAUAAAAAAUAAAAAGACAACGAAAGUCUUUAAAUUUUAUGUAGCUUCCAAAACAUAUUAAUGUAAUAAUUUUAUUUUAAUUUUAGUGGAAAAUGCAGAUCCAGAAAACACUAAUAAUGAAUCUUUAAUUGAGAAAAGUAUUAUUUGGGAAGAACCUUAAAAACUAUAUUUAUUUGCAUAACAUAGUAAUACCAGUAGUAAGAAAUAAUAUUCAUAAUCUAAACAUUCAUUACUUAAAUCUAAAGUAUAUGGGGCAGAUAUUAAAACUAUGAGAUAUUUUGAUAACAAAAUUAUUGAAAUUGAAGAAGAAUCUAUUGAUGAAAGUGAAUAUAGUGAAAAAAAAUAAAAUAAAGGUAAAAAUCUAAAUGCAGAAGAUGAAAAUGAUUUGGAUAAAUAAGUAUAAAUUGAAUAAAGAAGUUUAAAAAUAGCUACAAGGUUAGGAUUAAUUAAAGUUAUCAAUAAUUCUAAAUUACCAUUUAUUAUGUUAAAACUAUCAAUUUGUAUAAGCUUAUUAUUUUUAUCUGUACUUAUUGUAUCCAUUAUCAUGUUUAUUAUGUUAAAUUAAACUUAAGGGAAAAUUGUUUAAGCCUUAAAUUUAUUAAUUGCUAAUAAUCUUCGAUUAUGCAGUUUCAUCAAAAUGCAAUCAAACUUAUAAGAUCUAAAAUUUACAAAUUUUAAAAUACUUCCAUAUACUUAAUAAACUGUAUCAGGUCAUUUUGAAUUUAUUAAUAGACUUGAACUUGCAGCAGAAUUAAAUCUUACUUUAGAAUAUUAAUUAACAUUAUAAAAUUAAGAAAUAAUAUUGAAUGGAGAAUAUGCAAAAUAUGAUAAUGCAUUCAAAACUUAAAAAAUUUUGAUGUAAUAAGUUACUGGAGAGUCUUCAAGUUUUUUAUUUGAAGAGGUGAUUUAAUAAUUAUUAUCAAAAGCUAUAUCUUUAAAUUCUAGUAGUUUAACUUCAUUUGAUGAUUUAAAUCAAGAUUAUUACUAUUUCAAUGAAAACCUCUUUAAUUCGGUUCUUCUAAAUUAACAUUUAGCUUAAGAUUUCUAUUAUUAUAACAUAAUUUAUUAAACUGAUUAAUUGGAUUAGCUAUAGAUUUAUUUUUCUUUAACUUAAUUAUUUUUAAUAAUUUUGACAUAUAUUAUAAUUUAAAUAUUUUUGAACAAACAUUAAAGUUAUUUAAGAGAAAUUUUAUCAUUAUUUAUGGAAUUAGAUGAAAAAACAAUUAAAUUUUAUGUUAAGAAAGCUUAAGAUUUUUUGAGUGCAUUAAGAUUAGCUGAUGAUAAAUAAUUAGAUGAAAUAGAUGAAGAACAAGAUGAAGAAGAAGAUCAUUUUGAUUUAAGUUCAUUCAACAGAAAGAAAAGGAGGAAUAAAAGUUUUUCGACUAAAGAAAUAAAGAAGAAUAUCAUAUAUGUUUCUAUGGUUUUGAUAUGCUAUGCUUUCUUUUUUUCAUAUAUCUUCAUAACAUCAAAAGUAAUAAAUCUAAUUUAAUUUAUAGAUAAUAAUAUCUUAAACUGAAUAAUUGACUCCUUUGUUAAAUAUAACAUCUAUAGCAGCAUCUUAAUAUAGUUUAAUUGAUAAUAUUAUGAGAGAAGCAUUUUGGAAUUAAUCAAAAAUCAUUUUAGAUCUAAAUGCUUUCACAGCCUUAGCGUAUAUGUAAAACGUUUUAUAUGAAAUGGAUGCAGAAUCUCAUUAAUUAAAUCAGGAAAAUUCUGCGGUCUUAGAUGUAGAAUAUAAAAUGGCUUUUAAUUAAAUUUAUAUUUUAAAUCCAUGCUUUAUUAUAGAUGAAGGUGAUGAUAAACAAAGUGCUUGUUCUUAAUUUUAUGAUGGUAUUUUAUUAUAAGGUUUAUCAUUGGGAGUCACCAAAUUCUUGGAAACUAUUAAAUUUUAUCUAUUCCUAUAUCAAGGUUAUAAUUCAAGUUAUCACUACUCUUAUUUAUCAUAUAAUCUAUCAACUGAUCCAUUAUUAAAUUAUUCUUACAAUCUACUUAAUUAAUAUGAUAUGAAUUCAAAUAGAAUUCUAACCAAAGUAUACAUGAAAUCUUUAUAAAUUUAUUUAACUGAUAUUUUGCAAAGCUCAUUAAAUACACAUUUUGAAGACUUAUAAUUACAAUUUGUUUCCACAUUUCUUAGUUUUUCAUUAUUAUCUAUUAUUUUAUAUUUUAUGAUGUGGAUUCCUCGAUUAUAAAAAAACAGAUAAGAAAUUUAUCAAAAUAGAAUGAUGCUAUCAUUUAUUCCUUUAAAGAAAUUGGAUCAAAUAGAACCUAUAAAAAGUUAUAUCAGAAAAUAUCAAUAAUAAGAGUGA